ACCGAAAGUGGGCAGCUUGCCCGCGGUAGGUGUCCGCCUCUCUCACCUCCAUCUCGCCGCGCGACACAACAUCCCUCUUUCCCACAACCUCUCCACCCACCCUGUCCUGCAUAACAAACCACCUACCGCACAACUCUUUGUUCGCGACCAGCACGGGCUCCCAUACCGGACUCCCCCCAUCCGAAACCAACCCGCAAAUCCUUCGCAAUGGCUGGCGAGAACAAUGGCAUCACCGCGCCCGGCGCCGCUGCCGAUGCAGCUGCCGAGUCAAAGGGCAAGGGCAAGGCCGUCGCCGAGAACCUUCCUCAGGACGCCGAGAUGGACGAGGAUGACGAUGAUGAUGACGAGGAGGCUGACGAUGGAGCCGAGGAAGCUGAGGACGUAGAGGAGGACGGGAUGGAGGAGAUCAACCCCGAGAACGUGAUCGGCCGCCGCACCCGCGGCCGCGUCAUCGACUUUGCCAAGGCGGCGCAGGAGCAGAACAUCAACGUCGACGACGAGGACGAAGAUGAGGACGACGACUUUGAGCUUCCAGACGAGAAGAUGGACGAGGACUAAGUCGACUCUUCCGUCUCGACGAGAUUCACGAAGACAAGAUGGGGUAAAAAAAAAAACUUUUGGGUGGCGUCCACAUGGGGGUAUGCGGCUGGCUGGCACAGGGGUGCUUUUUUUUUUUCUGAUGAUUUGAUACGAAAGUACAUAACGCCUCGACGUCGAUCUGAAGCCGUGUCAGCUGCUUGGAUCUCCGUGGUACCGGCUCGACUUCCAUGCGCUCUUUGUGAGCUGGAAGAGAGCUUGGGGCUUAAAUAUACGUCGGAUAUGGAAUGCCAGGAUGGAUAAACAGCUUCCAGCCAGGGGUAUGCACGGCUGGGGCGCAUGCGAGUGACCUGCCUCUGCAAAUGAUACAAGGCCUUUUACUUCCUGGAGUUGCCGUCAGUGGAUUUCUACGACCGCACAAUCCAACUCGGCGUCACAGCCGU